AUGCGAGGGGACGUAACCAGUAUGCUAGUAACGAUUAUUUUAUUGUCAACGGCAUGUGGAUUAGUUCGGAGCUCAGGAGUCGGGCUAGCAGCUCAAGCCGGUCCAGCACCGGUCGUUACGGCGGCGAGUUCCCAGUACUUCGAAAGGACGUUUAAUCGUUUAGUAGCAGCACCACCAGCCUUGGAACCGGUGUUUCCAGUAGCACCACCUCCGCCAGUAAUACCUGUCGUCCGGGCACCAAUUGUACCUGUCGCGCCAGCCCCGACCUUUUUUCCGGUCGCCCAGCCUCCCGCGGCCGUACCAGUAGCGCAGAUUCCAAACGUAAUACGCGUUACGCCGAAUCGUUUAAUUCCGCUGCAGCCACCACGUCCAGUGUUUAUCCAGCCAACUACAAAAGAUAAUCAAUCACCAACAGUGCCAGAAAACUCAGUGCAGAAUGCACCUUCGGAUCCUAAUAUUGCGAUCGCAGUAGCUACGGCCAAUGCAGCUGCACCGGUCGCUACGAUUUUACUUCCUCCUUACCCGUUCGGACCGCCGCCGUCUUUCGGUUUCAUACCCUCGUCACCCACUUUCGUGCCCGAAGAUAAAUUGGAAAAGGAAAGCACAACUCAAACUCCGAAAACUGAAGCGACGUCAACCGAGAAAACUAAUGAAUUUACCACACCAGUUUCUUCAAACAGCGACAAUAGUUUCGUUCAAGCUUUGCCAUCAAAUGAGAAUGUAGAUUUCAAACAGUAUCUGCCACCACCAGGCCAGCUACCAUUGAUGCCACAUUCGGUGCAAAGACCUCAAACGGUGGCACCACAAUUGCCGAGGCCACAGAAAUUAAAGACGUCAGUCGAGGUGGUGCCCGUACCGCUCACGUAUAUCGCACCACCUCCUCUAAAGAAGCAUCACCCAUUGAAAUUAGUGAAAGUAACGAAACACAUUCAUACAUUUAUACCUACCGGGAAAAUUAUAAUUAGACCAGUGACACACAGGGUUCUUUUCCUCGCCACCAUCGCCAUGGCUGCCGCCAAGCCUAGUUUUGCACCCGCCGCUUUGGUGGCCGCACCAGCUCCUCUCGUGGCAGCCCCCGCUCCAGUCGUCACUGCCUCAAGCUCACAGUACAUCGCGAGGAACUACAACGGCGUCGUGGCCGCACCUUUGGUGGCCGCCCCUGCUCCUCUAGUAGCAGCGCCUUCUGCUUACGUCGCACCAGCAGCCAAAAUCGUCGCUCCAGCUGCCCCCAUAAUUUCCGCUGCCGCCCCAAUAUACGCCCGAUACGCCUCACCUUAUUUAGCGGCCCCUUACUACGCUCCCUCCGCUCCCCUCAUCGCCUACAAG